CAGUGUGGUGGUGGUAAGGAGGCGGAGGGGGGUUAGACGCGAAAGAGAAAAUGGCGGCCGCUGCUGGUGCGCCUGGUUCGGGGGAGGGAGGAGAAGCCGAGCCAGACAGCGAGCCGAUUUGUGGAGAUGAUAGGCCGCGGCAGGAGCAUACGGAGGCCUCGACGCUGCACGGUAGUGUAGUAGAGGAGCUCGGCCGAGAAAAUGCCCUCGAUUCGAAGGAGGCCGAAUAUGGGGAGACAGGGCUGCGGCUCCCUGAUACCGAGAAGCAGCCGGAGUGUAUAACGCCUGAGGUAACUAAUUGGGAAAGUGAAGUAGAAAGGGCCCCUGUGGCCCUGGAGGCCGCACCUGAGGCCUGGCAUCAUAGACGGGAUAUUGAGGCCGAGGGUGUGGAGCCCUCAGUGGUGGACACUGGAGAUAAAGGAAUGGUGGAAGAUGUCCUCUCCUCUCAACAGGAAGAGCAACCUAUGCAACUGGGGAAAGACUUACAUUGCCCUCCUGUCCCCUGCCAUGGAGAGUCAGCCCCUGAGGCCAUGGACUUAGUACAGAUGGAAGAGGUUAAGAGUGAGGUGACCCCCACCAAGGCAAAGCACCCCCCAGAAUCAGCGCAUUUCAUUUGUGCAUCUUCUCCCCAACCUCCGCUCAUGUCUGAACAAUUGCAGUGUGCUUCUGAGCCUGUGUUACUGGAGGUCCAGGGUCCAGACCUUCCAGAAGAAGCUGAGGUCUUGCAAGAAUCCUUCCCUGAGAAGUUUGCAUUAAUAUGUGAUUCCCCAAAUCUUGAACCCCCACAUGUACAGGAGGCUGCCACCCCAGAUCAGCUGCAGGUUUUUGCCCCUCUUGAGCCCAUCCUCAUCUCUAACAUGUUGUCACCAGUACAGGAAUGUUCCACUAUGGAGGUGGCCAAUGAACAGGAUCCAAGCUCUCCGUCAAAGAUGGAGACUGAUGUGGUUGAGGUGGAUCAUGUCCAUGAUCCAGUUCCUGAAGUUUUCUUACAGGUACAAGAACCUACGGUGAUGGAAGUGCUGGAUCCAGAAGGUCAGAUCACUCCGUUAAUAGAGGACUUGCCUAAUGAGGGCCAAGACUCCAUUCCUGAAAUGGUGAUAUCUGAGCCUGAGGUGGUAUUGAACUUGCAGGAUAAAAUACCACACAAAGUAGAUGAGGAAACCGUCCCUGAGACUGAAGAAGUCCCCAGAUCUGUACAGAUUCUAGUUCAUUCUGUCCAAGAACCUUGCAAGGCGGACUUUGACCUAGUAGAUGAUGAUAAACCUGUCCCUGAACCAUUUCAUGAAGAAGUUCAACAAGCAGAAGAUAAAGUGGAGCAAGUCCAUGAUUUAGAGGUUGUAGAAAAUGACAAAGGGGCCCAUUCUGAGUCCAUGCAAUGUACGGAGGUGGAAGUCAAGCUUUUCUUACAACCGGCCCUAGUGAAGCUCGAUGAUGGGCAAGACAGUCAGGAUAGUCAUGUUUCGCUUGAGAAAGAGUGUCAGCCAGACAUGUCCCCUGGCCAGGCAUCUGUGCAACUAAUCAUGUCUGACUCAGUCCCUGAGGACCUCCACUCACUUAGUGAGCGGGCACUUGAGAAUGCCAUAUCUCCAGUGGACAGUGGGAUCAGCUCGGAACUAAACUCUGUGGAAAAAGAGCUGGCCUCUCAAUCCAGUCAUAUGGAAACUGAGCCGAAUGUGGAAAAUAGUUCUGAAUGCACAAAGCUUGUGUCUUAUGUUCAAGACGUUGAAUAUGAUCCUUUUUAUAGGGACCCUAAAGUGGAGGACCCUUCUAAUGCUGAGGCCAUUGUGGAAGAAGAACAUGACUCAUCAACGGCAUCUACUGAAAUUGUACAGACUAAAGACCUUGGCAUGGAGGAGCCAGUGCUCCCCACCACUAAGGCAGAUGUAGAUGCAUGUAUAGACAAUCCUAAUCCAUGUCAGGAUCCUCUGUCUGCAGCAGAGAGACUUUUUGCUGGUGGAAUUGACCAUCUCAUACCUGGUUCUGAAGUUCAGGUUACACUCGAUCACAUCAUUCAGGAUGCAUUGGUGGUUUCCUUCCGCCACGGAGACAGAAUCUUCUCAGGGGUUCUAAUGGAUCUGUCAAAAAGGUUUGGACCUCAUGGAAUCCCUGUAACAGUUCACCCUAAACGAGAGUAUAAGAAUAAGCCUGAGGAACCCAUCCAGCCUCAAAGCACAUCAUUCCAAGAAGAAGAAUCACUGAAAAAUGAGAAUGGAACUGGUCCCAUGGAUAUAACCCCCAUCCAGUCCACAGAGCCCUGUGGAGUUAAUAAAACCCUGUGGAUGUCAAAGCCACCUCCUCUCUUUCAUGAAGGCGCUCCAUACCCUCCUCCUUUGUUUAUCAGGGACACCUAUAACCAGUCAAUACCUCAACCCCCUCCACGUAAAAUUAAAAGACUGAAAAAGAAAAUAUACAGGGAAGAACCCACUUCGAUAAUGAACGCUAUCAAACUGCGGCCUAGGCAGGUAUUGUGUGAUAAGUGUAAAAAUGUUGUCACCGAUAAGAGGGAGGUCAGGAAGACUGGGAAUGACUCUUUUAAGCUAGAAGAAGGAAAAAGGAGGAGGCAUGAAAGUGUAACUACUGUGAAUAAGAAACUCAAAACUGAUCAUAAAGUAAACGGAAAAAGCCAGAGUGAGAGUCAGAAAAAAAAUCCAGUGUCUAAGGUUUCCAACCUUGGGCAUGGGCGAGGUAAAGUGGUAAAAGUGGCUUCUCAAACAAAUGCCUCGAAAGCUCAACUGCACCCUAAGAAGGUGCUGCAGAGUAAGAAUAUGGAUCAUGCAAAGGCACGGGAAGUAUUAAAAAUGGCCAAAGAAAAGGCACAAAAAAAACAAAAGAAUUCAUCUUCCUCGAAAAAUGCUCAUAGUAAAGUCCACUUUACGAGACGCCUUCAGAACACGACCUCAGGGACCCUUCCACCAAGACUACGCAUUAAACCUCAAAGGUACCGCAAUGAGGAGAACAACGCUUCGCUCAAGAUUGGACUUGAGAGCUUGCGCAGCAGUAAGAUUGGUAUCAAGCCCCAGACUCGCUACACUGCCACCCGUUCAGCAGGUGAGGCACCCUCAGAAAUAAAGACCCCUUCCAAUGGCCCUGAAGAGGUCAGCACUACUGUUCAGAACGCAAGUGUCUGUGUACCACCUGGCGAGCAGGAUGAGCAGCAAGCCCUGAGCAAGCAAGGCAGCAAAAGCAAUAUCACAGUUUACAUGACCUUAAAUCAAAAGAAAGCAGACUCUUCCAGUGCAUCAGUGUGUAGUAGUGAUAGUACAGAUGAUAUCAAAUCCACCCAUUCUGAGUGUAGUUCUACUGAAAACUUUGAUUUCCCCCCAGGCACCAUGCAUGCACCUUCUUCAUCAUCUUCCUCCUCUUCAAAAGAAGAGAAAAAGUUGAGCAAUUCCUUGAAAAUAAAGAUGUUUUCCAAAAAUGUCUCUAAAUGCAUGACCACCGAUGGCAGGACCAUAUGUGUUGGGGACAUUGUUUGGGCCAAGAUAUAUGGCUUUCCAUGGUGGCCUGCCCGUAUACUUAAUAUAACUGUCAGCAGAAAAGAUAACGGCCUACUUGUCCGACAGGAGGCCAGCAUAUCAUGGUUUGGGUCCCCAACAACUUCCUUCCUUGCUUUGUCACAGUUGUCCCCUUUUUUAGAAAGCUUCCAGUCCCGAUUUAACAAGAAGAGAAAGGGUCUUUAUCGCAAAGCCAUCACAGAAGCAGCUAAGGCUGCCAAACAGCUCACCCCAGAAGUGCGAGCCCUCCUGACUCAAUUUGAAACGUGAUCCCACCCACAUGUAAGCCAAUACUACACACUAGGAGCUGCCGCUUGCGGAUUCCCAUGAUGGUGCCGCCCGCUGGAGUUUUUUUUGUUUGUUUUUGUUUCUAAUCCUAAGGUACAUGGAAGUAAAAGGACUUGUCUUGUGUAUGUUUGAGGGCACGCGAGGUGUAAAAUCCUGAGCUGUGAAAAUAAUGUAUAACUUAUACAGAUUGUUAUAUCUAUUGUAAAUUUUAUUUAAAAAGAGAAAAAAAAAACUGUUGAGUGAGAAGUUCAAAGGCAGAGAUUUUCAUCUUUUCUUUGAAACUUUUUAUUGAAGGAAUUUCUUGCUAUUAUGUUUUCUUGAAGUGACUGCAGUUUCUAUUUAAGUAGUGUCGUAAUGUAUAUACCGUAUAUAUUUUUUAUUGUGUGAGCUCUUCUACCAGUGUUACCUGCAGGUCAAAGCAGCUAGACCAGCGGCACAGAUCUGCGGAGUGGGGACCAAGACAUUUAUGGACAGCCUCCAAUCUUACGUGAAGGGAUUCUAACUUCAAACUCAUUCCAGACUCUCCAACUGUGUUUUUUUUUUUUUUUUUUAAAUACAGUAACUGCCUCUGAUGGUUGCACAAAGUCCCUGAUUGGUAUAGGGGUUAUAACACGGGCUGUGAGCCAGACACUCCAAAAAGCUAAAGCAAUCCUCCUAUUUUGUAAUUAAAAUCUUAGUAUAGCCACUGAGUUACUCAAUGAAAUGUAUAUGGCCAUUGCUUGCUUUAUUUUCAAAUUUCUCUGUCCACCACACUAUGGUAGAUGCUCAGUUCCAUCCUUCCACUGUCAUGAGCUGCAUCAUACAGGACACGUCAGCUUGAAAUAAAUCUAGCAGAUCAGCUGCUUGGAGCAACGCUCAAGAGCUACUUAUUUAUUUUUUAAUGUUCUGCAUAUCCUCUCCUUUGUAGAGAUGGUGCAGUGUAAUCAAAACCCAUUCAAGUGACUAGGGAUAGGUCAUCGAUAUUCAGCCACUGCACAAUCCCUUUAAUAAAAAUAACCCCUUUGGUAUGGUCAGAAAUCACUAAAAAUUGACUUAUCUUUUCAAUCCUGCACCAACAUGAGGUCAUACCUGUGACUGCACAGCCAAUCCAUGGCCACAGUAGUCCCGUAAUGGUGAGAAUGUCUGGCAAAAACAGCUGGAAUUAAGUAUAAAACCUUCCCAGAUAAUGUGAGAGGAACUCUGCAACUAGAACCCAGUCUUUUACACCCCGUAUAGCAGGGAUCAGCAACCUUCGGCACUCCAGCUGUUCCGAAACUACAACUCCCAGAGUGCUCCAUUCACUUCUGUGGGACAUGUUUACAUGCUGGGAGUUGUAGUUUCACAGCAGCUGGAGUGCCGAAGGUUGCUGAUCCCUGCCCUAUAGUGUGCGGGUGUAUGCAGUGUAUAGGUGGAGUCUCUGCUACGUAUAUAGGAGCUAUAUAGAGGAGUGGAUGCCCCUCCCUUGGUCGAUGUCCUCUACAUCACACCUUGUACCCAGAAAGAAGGGUGGAUUAUGUUACCACAGUGCCCUUCACUUUUAUGAGAGCAUGGCAUGUUACAGGUUAGGUUCCCACUUAAUUUUUGCUUACAUCGUUGCGUCUUUUGAAAAUUGCGGGGCUGCAUAGCUAUACACUAUCCUUUGUUACCAUGCACUGCUUCCUCAUGGGACCCUAUAGAUUUUAUGCCUUUGCAGGUGCUUCCAGCCCUCAUGUAGCAUGCAAACUAAAGAUCAUAUUUUGACAGAUGAGUGAUUUCUGUAAAGUGACUUUUUUUUUUUUACUACAGGUCCUUGUUUGGUCCAGUAUUCUGUGCCAAUUAAUUUCCUACUUUAUUAUUUUUAUAGAGACCAGGGUUCCAAAUUCUCUGCAUCGGCAGAAUAGCACAUUUCUGGCUGCCCACUGCUACUACCAGGGGGGCUUAGGCACGUACUGCAAUGUAUAACAGGAUUCCACAAGCUCCCUCUACUGGUGGCUGCCGGGAGCCAGCAUUUUAAACUUAAAGAAGUUCUGCAGUUUGUUUAAACUGAUGAUCUAUCCUCAUCAGUAUCUGACC